AUGGAGGAUCGCCGGCGCCUCGCAGCGCCCGAGUUGACCCAAUGGGUCAAAAAAAUAAAAAAUAAGAUGACGAGCCUGCCGCCGAUGGGGGACUUCCAAGACCCUCGGGCGGACUUCCGCCACGGUUUCGUUCUGCGCCUCCGGCUCUCUCGCCGCGAGCGAGAGAUGUUGGAGGUUGCAGCAGCCGACGAGGACGGCCCUCCCUCUCCUCUCCCCGCCGCCGGCCAGCCCGGGCUGGCAAAGCAGGUCGCUGUCCUGCUCUUCCUCCGGUGGUCGUUCGCCCACCACACCCUCCGAGAGCUGCUCUCCCAGCUGGGGGAGGCGGAGACCGACUCGGCCAGCGAGUCAAGCGAGUUCGGCGACGGGACCAACUCGGAAACGUCGUGGGGCUGGCACCCCGCCGCCAAAAAGAGCGCGGCCGAGAAGGAGCACCAGUCGGCCCUCCUCAAGUCGUUUGCCGUCGGGCUCGCCACCCGACUCGAUUACGCCCUCCCCUUCGACGCUCGCAGAGAGCGGGUGAAGGAGCUGCUCUCCGACCCGGAGAACGUGGAGUUCUGGGAUAACUACCAGAACUGCCACGGGUCCAUGGCCAGAGAGCUGGACAACGACAACCCGGAGAAGUUCGCCGUCGCUCCCAUCCCGGAGGACGAAAAGAUUUGGCUCGGCCUUGCCAACAAGGUCAUCAAGACGCACCAUGUCAUGUGUAGGUGGCCUGGUGUCCACGAAGCCGCGGCAUUUGCCGCCCAGGCGCUCGGAAUCCGUGGCAUGGGCCCGGAGUACCCCUUCAUCGGCACCUGGUUCAAGCGGUACCUGACUGCCAUCUCCCAAGCGACGGCGCACAAGGGUAGACCCAAUAUCUACGCCUAUUGGAUUUGCAACGGCACUGGGCAGUUCAAUCCCCAGUUAAUCAGGAACCUUGGAGAAUUCCGUUGCUCUGCCGAUUACCCCGAGUACGAAGAGGAUUGGGUGCAGACCGUCUAUGCCUCCGUUGACGCUGCCGAUGUUUGGGAUGUCUGGACACUUUUGCGCAUGAUCCAGUGCGAGUCAGCUUCCCGAGAAAUCACGGCCUCGGAACUCAGACUCCUGCGCGCGGCACAAUACCAAGCAGGGCCCCCUGACCUCAAGAAGGAAUGCUCUCCUGCCAUCCUCGAUCUUAAGGAAUAUGUGGACAUUGCCCGCUACAACUCUCCCGAGUACCAACUUCGGCCUGUCACAUCCAAGACCACAAUCACGGAGCUCCUCGAGAAAGCCGGCCUCGAUACCACCGGCAACUGGGAUCUUCUGGCCCUGACGGCAACAAAGCAAGCCAAAUCAUUUUCCGGCCAGUUAUGGAGCCUGGGAGGUCAUUACCGCCAUGUCUUUUAUCUCACUGACGACGUGACAUCCCACUACCUUGGCAAUAACCGUGACCUGCUUGGUCUCAACAUCCCCUGCAAAUGCAAUGGAUGCGACUGUCCUGGCUAUCAGAACAAGAGACCAGGCCGAGAUACCAAGAGCAAGACCAGGGUCGACUUCUGGAUGGAGAGGAUCGAGCUCUCUCACCACACCGCACAUUGCAAAUCUCACCAUGGAGGAGAUGGCCAGAUCGUGUUCGCCCGCCGCAAGUUGGAUCCCGCUUUACUACACAGGAUUCUGGAACGCUACUGGAUUGACUGGAACGAUUGCAUGCUCAUCUUUGGCCGGGGUGACGACGGUCGAGGCAACCUCAUUGACGGCAAAACCCUCUAUCUGCUUGAGACCCUCCCCGGCAUGAAACUUCGCGGCUUAAAGCGAAAGACAACAGACGAAGCCCGCGGUCUUGCCUCGGCUUGCCUCUAUCUCAACCUCAAGCUUGAUCACCAGUACGAGGGCACCGAGGGCCGCAACCUGCUGAAGAGCAUCAUGCGGGAACGGUACCACCCUCGGUUCAGCGACUUCACAUGCCUGAUCCAACGCCGUGACGCUGGCAUCAACUGGGAUGAUGCUGCUUUUUUCAGCUGUGGUCGCUACGGCUCAACCUACGGGGUACCCUGGAGCGUCGGGAGGCGGUACGACCAGUUCGGAAAUGUCUGUUACAACAGAUACGAGACUGGCAUCGCCCUGAUCAGGAUCAUUGCCAAUUCUGAUGGAGAAUCCCGAAUCGCGAGGGACAACAUGUUUUGCAACCGUCUCGAGUCCUUUUACGAUUACGUCGCCGGCAACCGCUUCAAGAACGUUGUCCACUUCUACGGUUUUAUGUCAGUACCCGUCAAGACCAUCCCCAGCACAGGGAGCAACCGACCGGCUCCGUACAAACCCGAAGCGGCUGUCCCCGGAGACCGGGCCUUUGCGUUUGUGUUUGAGCACACCAAGGGUCCUCUUCUCGACUUCAUUGAAGACAUGGUCGACGACUGCUUGGAGAGGGAGACUUGGCUCGCCAUCUUCAACUUUCUUCACGAAAUUGGCACCACCCUGCGCGAUAUGCACGCCACCAUCGGGCCGUACCGGUACGUUUACCUCCCCAUCUCCCAAUCUUCACCAUCCAUCCCCUGUUUGACAACCAUUCAACCCUCCCCUACCCUUUCCCACCCUCAACGCUCCCAACCCUCCCCUACCCCCUCCCACCCUCCAACAACCCCUUCAAGAACCCACGCACUAACCCUCCCCCUCCCAAAACACCCAGAUCCCUCAACCCCGCCCAAGAUCCUCCUCCGCCCCAAACGCUCCCGCCUCCGCGCCGCCGACUUCAACAUCCCGCACCUGCACGACCGGUACGCGGCGCCGCGCGGCAGCCCCGCCCCCGCGCGCUUCGAGGCCGUGCUCGGCGAGCCAACCCCGGUGCCGCGCCGCCCGCGCGCCUACAUCGCGCCCGAGCUGCGGCGGGCGGGCAACCGCCCGGACCAGCAUACCGCUGCGACGGAUGCGUACGCCUUUGCGAGAUAUGCGCUGGAUUUGAUUGAUAGAGCGAGUGGUGGCUUGUUUGCGGGGUUGGGUUUGGGGGGGAGGACGGGGGAUGUGAGGGUGCUGUAUGUGGAGGUGUUGAAGGGGUUGGAGGAUGUUUUGGCGGCGGAGGGGGGGGUUGUUGCUUCGUCGUCGGCUUCGGGAGGCGGUGGUGGUGGUGUUGAUCCCCGGACCAAGGCGAUGGACAACUUCCUGCAGCUGGCAAAGGAUGUGGUCAGCGGGGGGGUGAUCCUGGAUGGACAUUACCCUGUUCCGGAGUCGUCCCACUGGUACUAA